AUGGAAGAUGACGUAAAGUGCGUAUGCCAUCCGACGAGCUGCCUUAUACUAUUACCCACCAACGAUGCGCUGAAAAACACAGAAUCAAGUUGUCCGAUGAAGACAAAUGGAAUAACCCGUCUGGUGAUCGUGUUCUUCAACGAUAAUAAGCUAACAGCUGAAACUUUCGAUUCCUUCCCGAAACUGACCGCUCUGGAUAUCAACCAAGGAAAGUUGAGCAACAUUGAACCGGGAGCGUUCGAGAAAACACCUAAUCUAACGAAUCUCAACAUCCGCUAUAACAACAUAAGCACACUGGAGGACAAUACCUUCCGCGGGCUGAACGCGCUGGAGAUCCUGUGCAUCGUCUCCGGCAAACUCACUACCAUCAGCCCGAAGGCAUUUAAUGGUCUGAAGAACCUUUCCCAUCUCACAUUGACGGCCAACCAACUCACACAACUACCGGACAAUCUGUUCGCAUCCUCUCCAUCGCUUACAAUGAUUAACUUGGCACACAACCUGCUAAGCACCGUUCUACCAGCUGGCAUUUUCAACAAUAUCAUUGAACUGGCCCAACUCGACCUGUCUCACAACCAGUUGACUGCGUUCAAAUUUCCUUCUCUAAAGGCGUCACACGUGUUGCUGCACAACAACUCGCUGACUACCCUGUAUUUGAACGAUCAUUUCACUCUGGUGGAGGCCGACCAUAACCGUAUUAGCAAACUUUCCGGAACGGGUGCGAAGCUGUACACUCUGCAGCUAACUGGAAAUAAUCUCACUGACGCUAGUCCCAUCUCGCGAAUGAUCAACCUGACCAAGCUCACCCUAAGCAACAACCCACUACAGCCCAACAGUGUGUUCAACAGCCUGCGAAGAUUGGAAGAGCUACUCCUAAGCCACACCAACAUUACGAUCACCAAUGAAACGUUCGCCAACAUGGCCGAGCUGAAGUUGCUGGAUCUUUCGUACAACAACCUCAAAGAGCUCGAUUUCAGCAUGUUCUCAGACCUCAUUGAGCUACAAACGCUAAUCGUGGCGUUCAAUAACAUAGACAAGAUCAACUUCCUCGAACAGCGCGAGUAUCUGCCGAAUCUACAAGUUCUGGAGAUUUGUGGAAACGGUUGGAACGCUACCUACCUGAGUCAUGUGCUAGAGUACUUGAAAAUAUACAAGCUUAAGGCCGAUAUGUACGGACACUUAAAGGACACAUUCAUGGAACUGUGCGCCAACGGGGAGCAAGCUCCUAAGAAGGCACAGGAGGACGACUCCGACUCCUCGAUGGAGGGCCUUCCUUCGAUACCUUUGGAGCAACAGUUCGCUGAAUUUUAUCCUUCAUCUACCACAACUACUACGGCCAAGCCUAUUCCUUCUUCUACCGUUAGCACAACCACGCCCAAGAGGACCACGUCUAAGAUGACGACGACUUCUACGACCGGUCUACCGAAGCCAUCGGCCGAGCCUUCCGUUCGACUUGCAACAGACACCAUGGUCCCAGUAGUGGCCCCGUUGUCCGCAGCCAACGAGCAGUCCGCAGAAGUCGGAUCUUCUUCCUUCUAUGUGACGUUCCAAGUGACAGGGUACAUGUUUGCAGUGUUUGGAGUCGUUGCUCUUGGCGUAGUGGCAUACUAUAUGCACCAGCGACGUUUGGACGUUCGUCGGAUUUCUUUAAUGGAUGGAGUUGAUUCUGUUCGCCUGAUCUAG